AUGAUACCAUCCAAAGUGUUUGUCAACACGUCUGAGGAAGAACUUGAGAUUGUAUUGGAAAUCAGGAGCAAACUGAGGGAGGACCCAUCCCUAGACCCCAUUAUCCAGUUCCUGACAGAAGAUGUUGACAAUGCACCUCCCUUCAUUAAGAAGGCUUACAGAGACUACAAUUGGGAGGAAGACCUCCUAUGGUACCGUGGAAAGCUAGUUGUCCCAGAUUUGGAAGUCCUGAAGGAACGUCUACUCAGAGAAUUCCACAAUUCACCCCUGGCAGGACACCCUGGACAACAGAGAACCUUGGAACUCCUGAGCCGCAGUUACUGGUGGCCAGGAAUGAAGUUGUCCGCCAAGGAAUGGGUAGAAUGUUGUCCAACCUGCCAAGCCAAUUGCCGCGCUCACGCUCCUGUCAUUGCCCUGAAACCCUUACAAGUUCCCCCCUUUCCGUUCCACACAAUAUCCUACAACUUCAUCACAGGAUUUCCCAGGUCCAACGGGCACAACGCAAUCCUGGUAGUAAUUGACUCCUUCUCCAAGUUUGGGCAUUUCAUCCCAACCUCCAAAAAGGUCACUGCAAAAGGAAAAUUCUUGAGGGCAUUAUAUCAACAACUUGGGGUCAGGCCAGCAUUUUCCUCAGCUUAUCACCCAGAGUCAGACGGGCAAACGGAAAGGGUCAACCAGUUCAUUGAGUUUUAUCUGCGUUCCUAUGUUGCAGCCAACCAUUCCGAUUGGGCUGCGUGGUUACCAUUGGCAGAAUACGCAUACAAUAAUGCCAAACAUGCAGCAACCGGGAAAACACCAUUCGAGCUUGUCUAUGGACAAAACCCAGUCAUGAACCUGUCCAAUGUAUCAGCCAACGUCCCAGAAGCAGAUGCGGUAGCAGAUACACUAGCCUGUGAAUGGAAAGAAGCGGAGGCAGCUCUCCAAAUGAGCAAAGAACGCAUGACCAGGAGCCAGGGAAUAAUUCCAGAAUACUCAGUAGGCAAAAAAGUCUGGCUGGAUGGGAAGAACGUGGAACUUAGGACCAAUUCAAACAAGUUAGACCCCAAACGCCUUGGUCCCUUCAAGGUCAUUGAAAAAAUCUCUAGUCACGCCUACCACCUGGAACUACCAGAAACUCUGAAAAUCCAUGACGUCUUCUAUGUUGGAUUACUAUCAAAAAGCCACGAGUCACCAAGUCAGCCAUUUCCAGAACAACCUCCCCCUGAAACAAUAGAAGGAGAGGAAGAAUAUGAAGUGGAACAGAUCAUCAACUCUAAACGCCAAAAAGGAAAAUGGUUCUACUUGAUAAAAUGGAAGGGAUACAGUCCGGAGGAUAAUUCAUGGGAACCGGAGGAGCUAUUGAAACACAGCCAGGAAGAGAUCAAAUGCUUCAAUCAAGCAAGACUCAAAAAGGCUUGUGACGCCGCCAAGAGCCUUUAA